GGUUGGUUUGGCACUAUAUAAUGCAACCGCGGCGACCGCAGCGCGAGCGGCUGGUUAGCAGCGCGGGCACCAGGCUCCGAGGCCUUCCUGCCUCCACACAAGUUCUUUCUGCCUUGGCUUUCUUUCGUUCUGAGAUCCACUCCAUCUUCCACUCCCUUGGCUCUCACCAGACCCCCCCUCCCCGCCCCCAAGCUCUGAACCUCAUCAUCUGCAAAAUCGAAAUGGACACGUCCAUGAAUUUAUCACGUGGUUUAAGAGCGGAGCUGAUCCAACCCUAUAACUUCGAGAUGUCGCGGGACCUAAGGCCCUUUUUGGAGGAGUACUGGGUAAGCUCAUUCCUCAUAGUGGUGAUCUAUCUGUUGCUCAUCAUUGUUGGCCAGAACUUCAUGAGGGCACGGAAGGGCUUCAGCCUGCAGGGGCCUCUCAUCCUCUGGUCCUUCUGCUUGGCCAUAUUCAGCAUGCUGGGCACAGUGAGGAUGUGGGAGUACAUGGGAACCAUGCUGUUUACGCUGGGCCUCAAGCAAACCGUGUGCUUCGGCAGCCACACGGACGCUCUCGUAGUCAAAUUCUGGUCCUGCGUCUUUCUUCUCAGCAAGAUCGUUGAACUUGGAGACACGGCCUUCAUCGUCCUGCGGAAGCGGCCACUCAUCUUCGUGCACUGGUACCACCACAGCACGGUGCUGCUGUUCACGAGCUUUGGAUACAAGAACAAAGUGCCUUCAGGCGCCUGGUUCAUGACCAUGAACUUGGGUGUGCAUUCCAUCAUGUACACCUACUAUACCCUGAAAGCUGCCAAGGUGAAACACCCCAGUGUGCUGCCCAUGGUCAUCACCAGCCUGCAGAUCCUGCAGAUGGUAAUGGGAGCUGUCUUUGGCAUCCUGAAUUACAUCUGGAGGCAGGAAAAAGGGUGCUACACAACAACAGAACACUUCUUCUGGUCCUUUAUGUUAUAUGGGACCUAUUUCAUCCUAUUUGCUCAUUUCUUCCACCAAGCCUACCUCAGGCCCAAGAGCAAAGCUAAGUCCAAGAGCCAAUGAGAGUGGGAAAGAAAGGGGGAGCCUGGGGCUUUCCUCCAUAGCACUAAGGGUUAGGUGUGGGAGAAUGACUAGGGUGCCUUCCCUGUAUGGUUUCCCCCAUGGGACAUGUACCCCAAAGCGGCAGGAAGCUAUGACAACCAAGAAAUGGCACCCUUGGAAUAGGGGUGUGGUCUGUCACGAUGAUGUUUCUAUCUUCGGCAUGAAGGAAAAGCAAGGAAGGGGAUAGGACGGAGGUCCUUAAAGCUGAGUUAUUUAUAUUUAUAUUUAGAAAUCUUUCUCUUCUUGAUCUAUUUUUUAAAUUAAAGAGAUCGACAUGAGUUUGAGGAUUUGUGGACUUAGGGGGCCAAAGUGAGCUUUGCGGUGGGAGAAGG